AUGUUUUCAUUCCGUUCUGUCGCGGCGCUGCUGGCCAGCGCACUCCAUGUUUCGUCGGCCAAUGCCCGCGGUUUCUAUGCCCACUACAUGGUUGGUGGCAUUAUUGAAGGCACUGACCAUGCCGCGCGCGACAUUGACGACGCCUCUGCUCUAGGAUUCGAUGCCUUCGCGCUGAAUAUUGGGGCCCCCGACGCGGACUGGGCCACAGGCGCCAUCAAGCAGCUCUUCGACUAUGCCGACAAUACAGACUUCAAGCUCUUCUUCAGCGUGGACUUUUACCAGGAGUCCAACAUUGACGCCUACAACAAACUGCUGCAAGACUAUGUCGGGCGUCCAUCCUACCUCCGCGCCGGCGACGACAAUUACCCGGUGGUGAGCUCCUUCAGCGUCGGCGAACACGACCCAGCGAGGUUCAGGAAAUGGAAGUGGGAGAGUCUCGGUGACCAGAUGUACCUGCUGCCCAACGCAGACAAUGCACCUGGAUACAGCAACCCCGGAUCAUGGUUCCAAGGCGACUGGGGUAACACCGUCGAUGGCGUCUUUGGCUGGGAAACGGCCUGGCCAUGGGGUGGCAACCAGCCGGAGAACGUGUCCAGCGGCUUCGAUACCGAGGUCCUGAACGCUGCGCACAGCCAAGGAAAGACGUACAUGGCCCCCCUGUCGCCUCUCCAGUUCAAGGAUUGCUGCGGUCAGAAAAACUACCGUAUUGGCGAGGUCAACCUGCCUCAGCGCAUGGCUCAGCUGCUGACUCUGAGCCCCGACUUUGUCGAGUUCAUCACCUGGAACGAUGCUGGCGAGAGCCACUACAUUGGCAACAUCUGGUCCGAGAGCCAAGUCAACGAGGAUAUCAAGAAGUACGCCAACAAUGAGGACUGGCCACACUUUGGUUGGCAGCCGCUCAUCGCGUCCUUUGGAAACGCCUACAAGCAUGGCCAUGGACCUGACGGCAUGCGCCCGCAGAGCGACGACGAGGUGAUUGGCGCCAUGUGGUACCGCACGUUCCUCAGCUCGGGCAGCUGCAACGGAAACAAGCCCGCCAACUGGAAGUCGGCCGUCGACGCAGUCAACUGGGCUCUUGUCGUGGAUCAGGGUGUAACCGACUUCAAGGUCAGGGUCUCGAGCGGCGGCCAGAUCAUCUCGGAGACCAAGCUGUCGCCUGGUCUCAACUACGCCGCUUCUGCUGGCGUCCGCCAGGGCGCGCAGAAGAUCGAGGUCGUCAGGGGGAACACGGUCGUCAAGGUCGCCAAGAGCGCGAAGCAAGUGACUGAUGGCAGCGAGCACUGCUUCUACAACUUCCAGGUGGCCGGGCUGGAGUAA